AUGCCCUUAUCUGAUAACUUACUAAAUAGUUUGAGUAAUCUUUCACAAUUUGAUAAAUCGCGUUAAGUAUUUCAGUUCAGCAAUGAAAGUCACACUUCACUUACUAAUCCUAAUAACAUUGAUUACUUUUGCACAGUGCGCAAAAAUUCUUGGAAUUUUUCAUGGAUUCUCCAGUAGUCAUCAACAGCUCGGAAACAAGAUUUUACUUGAACUGGCGAGGAGAGGUCACCAAGUUACCGCAAUUGUGCAAAGAAAAUUUGCCCCAAACACGGCAAAUAAAAAUUACCAACCUAUAAUCAUUGAUUACGAUUCUUAUUUGAAGAACCAAUCGAUCAAUUUGUAUAAAAGUGCAGAAAAGGGACUCUUAGAUAAAAUAUGGAGCACAUCUGGGGGUGGACUAGGUUUGACAGAACUGUUUUUCAAUCAAAGUAGUGUCCAAAAUUUGCUCAAGUCGAAUCAAGAAUUUGAUAUGGUUAUCCUAGAGCAAUUCCUAAAUGAUGCAUUCAAAGGCUUCUGCAACUUUUACAAAGCGCAUUGCGUUGCGGUGAGUGUCGUUGGAUUAUCGAGAUCUACAAAUCUACAAAUGGGCAAUCCACUUAACCCUUCUUACGUACCUGAAGUACUUUCAAGUUAUUCGAGCGAAAUGAGCUUUUUCCAACGGCUUGUUAACACCUUCUCUGUCGUUUUCGGAGUUAUCAACUUCUAUUGGUCGAUUUUGCCGAAGCAUAAUGAAAUUUUGCAAAAGAACUUUCCAGGGUCGCCGCCCAUAACCGAAUUAUACUACAAAACAUCAUUAUUGCUCCUAAAUUCGCACGCGAGCAUCUGCUCACCAGUACCCCUUGUACCAAACAUGAUCGAGAUUGGAGGUUUCCAUCUUAAUUCACCACAGGAGUUACCCAGAGACUUGCAGAAUUACUUAGACGAAGCCGAGGAUGGCGUCAUUUACUUCAGCAUGGGGUCCAAUUUGCGUGGCAACGAUAUGGAUGAAAGCAAACGUAACGCUAUCGUGAAGGUAUUUUCCCAACUAAAACAGAGAGUGUUGUGGAAAUGGGAAAAUGACACGAUACCUGGGCAACCUGAUAAUGUUAAACUUGGCAAAUGGUUGCCUCAACAAGAUAUUUUAGGGCACCCUAACAUUAAACUUUUUGUAACACACGGCGGUCUGUUGAGUAUUAUUGAAACUAUUUAUCAUGGCGUACCAAUCGUUGGCAUUCCUAUUUUUGGAGACCAGGAGAUGAAUAUGGCAGUUGUUGAAGCAGAUGGGUACGGAAAACUCUUGCGAUUUAGUGCUUUAACCGAAGAAACUUUUCGAAAGGCACUCACCGAGGUUUUAAACAACGACAAGUACAAGGAGAACGCAAUUCGGAGAUCGAGAAUUAUGCACGACCAACCCAUGAAGCCAUUGGACAGAGCGAUGUUUUGGAUCGAGUAUGUUUUACGGCACGAGGGCGCACCGCAUUUACGUACGGGUGCUUUGAAUUUGAACUGGUUCCAAGUACUUUGCUUAGAUGUGCUCACUGUCAUAAUUUUAAUUGUCAUUGCAUUCAUAUUCAGUGCAUAUUGUAUCAUUACCGUUGUAUCGAGAGGAUAUCUUAAAAAGCAAAUCAAAAUCAAAAAGAGAUAAGAAGUCGAUAAAUAAAUUUAUACUCCUCAUGAA